AGUAUAGUUUGACCGGUCAAGUAAUUUACACCAUCAUUUUUGGCGCCGACCGUGGGGCCGUUAAGGUUUCUUCUCCUCCAAAUACAAACCUACCCACGAAAACACCACUCGAAAUGUCUUCCAGCCAACAGAUCAACGCUACUUCCGCUAAGGUACAGGCCACCAAUGAGGCCGCCAGCAUCCCUGUGGCUGCUACCAUACCGGCCAUUUCAGCCCCGGUGUUGCCUCUGGGCCUGAGUUCUGUCCCGACGGCGAGCGUGAUCAGUCCCUUCGCGACCCCCGUCCUUUCCGCUGGACCAAGGGUCACGUUCCCACCAAGCAUGGCUCAGUUCAUGAAUGACCCAGCCAACCUACAAGCCAUCCAGGGCUUUGGCCAGGUCAUGGCCAUGUGCCAGCAGAACGGGGGGAUGCCUUUCCUCCCUAGUAUGUUCCCAUUCGCCCUUCCAGGCGCAGGGACCAUGCCCCUACAAGCUCCGAUGGCGGUGAUGUCGUUCCAGACGCCGAUGCCGCAACCAUCACCUUUCCAGCCCCAGCUGGUCAGCACCAUGACCCCUGUCAACUUGGCCGGUGCACUUAACGCCGUGGGGCCGUCGCAUCCCCCGCAAGCUACGGAUCCGCAGGUCACUCCUGAUGGUCAUUGCGUCUCGAUUGAGAGCGAUGACGGUGAGUGGGACAUCCCGAGGGCUCACAAGAAGAAGAAGGGAAAAAACAUCCGGCCAGCGACCUCUCGAAACUUCGCCUUCGAAAAGCUGGGGGAUAGGGAGGAAGGCCAGAGGAAGUCAGCCAAGCAUAGGCUGGGGCAGAGUGUUGCCCAUGUCAGCGCAUUCGCCCGGCUAGGCGAGGUGCGGGAGGCCGAGCCUGCCCGCACCCGGCGCUCCCGGUCUAACCGGCAGGAGCCACAGAUGGAGGCAAAGCUGGAAAGGCUGGAAAAGAAGGUCGGAGAGAAGAAUGACCGGGACAAACCCCUGGCAGGGUCCCCGUUCACCACAAGAGUCCAGCUGACACCUUUCCCGCGAAAGGUCAAGAUCGACGCCCCCAGAUUCACCGGGAAGGAAGAUCCGGAAAUCCACCUGAACUCCUUCAACCAGAGUGCGACCAUGAACGGUUGCACCGAUGAAGAAAAGUGCAUACUUUUCUUCCAGACCUUGCAGAACCGAGCCACUGAAUGGUUUAAUAAGCUUCGCCCGGGAAGCAUUGACUCGUUCAAUGAUUUGGCCUCAAAAUUCAAGGCCAAGUUCCAGGAGAAUUGUACUAAGAGGAAGAAAUUCACCUAUCUUAGUUUAGCCGGGCAGAGGGAGUCUGAGAACCUCACUUCGUUCCUUACCCGGUGGAAGGAAGAGGUAGACAAGGUGGAAGAGAUGGAUGGCAAGACCGUCCAAUCCCUCCUCUUGAAUGGCUUGCGUGCUGGGGAACUAUACAAGGAGUUCUGCCGGAGACCCCCAGCCACGUACCAAGAGGCCUACCAUACUGCAUGGGAGUUUGCUGAGGCUGAAACCCAACUCCGGGCAAAUAGAGAAGCUGAGCAUGGUCACAAGCCCAAGCCGGUACAAGUCAAGAAGGAAGAAGUACCGGGACCUAGCCGGCCGAGGCACCACUAUGACCCGGUCAUCCGAGUGGUCAAUACGGAGGAAUGCCAAGAAGUCCGGAAAGCACCGGUCAUUCCUCCAGAAAACCCUACCGGUCAAGUAGGGCGGCAGUGGUCGGGCACCUAUUGUUCGUACCACAGGUCAGAUUCCCAUAACACUUCCGAAUGUAAGAGUAUCAAGGGAGUAAUCCGGCAGAUGAUCGAUAGUGGAGAGCUGGGCAAGGAUUACUUGCAGAAAGCCCAAGAGAAGUGUCAUCAGUGGGUUAGGCCAACUGCCCCAGGGAAUGACCGGGACAACGACAGGCGGAGAAAUAACCGGCCAAGGGAGCGGCAACCUGCUCCCGAAAAAGAGCACAUCAGCAUGAUCUUCGGCGGACCCGAGGGUGGAGAUUCAGCCGCGCAGCGGAAGAACUGGGUCCAGAGCAUUUACGUUGGAGAGGUAAGUACUGAACCGCCCAGGCGUAAACAUACUAGGAGGGAGCCUAUCGUCUUUACUGAUCGGGAUCUCCCUCCUACCGGUGAAGAUCACAAUGAUCCAUUGGUCAUCACCAUGGACAUUAAUGGGGUGGAUGUCGCCCGGGUACUUGUAGACACCGGCAGCAGUGUCAACAUCUUAUACCUGGAGACCUUCCAAAAACUCAGCUUGUGUCGAACACAACUUGAACCCCUCAAAACCCCUCUCUCGGGCUUCACGGGGGACACCGUUGAAGCUGAAGGAUCCAUACUUCUACCGGUCGAACUAGGAUCAGGUGAAAAGACCGUGUGGAAGAAGAUGCGGUUCAUAGUUGUGGACAUCAAAUGCGUCCACAAUGCAAUUCUCGGAAGGCCAGGCAUCAAUAAAGUCGGGGCGGUGAUUUCCAUGCCUCAUCUAUGCAUGAAGUUCCACACUCCAGGUGGUGUGGGUGAGAUGAAGGGCGACCAGAGGAACGCCCGGGAGUGCUAUGCCCGGGCAGUCAAGAAAAUGACCAGGGGGGUCAAUGUCAUCUCCCAAGAGAUCACAAAGGGAGAGACCCAGGAGAAACUAGAGCCCGAGGCUGAGACGGUGGAAAUCGAACUUCACCCGGGUGAUUCUUCGAGGAUGAUCAGAAUUGGAGCAAAUCUCCCCGAGGAUCUCAGGGAGCAGAUUACACGGGUCCUCCGAGAAUACGCGGGCAUAUUCGCGUGGAGCGUGGCGGAUAUGCCCGGGAUAGAUCGCUCUGUUAUCUGCCACCAGUUGGCCGUGAGGGAGGGAAGUCGACCGGUACGCCAAAAGAAGCGAUACCUGGCCAGUGACCGGCGAGACUUCGUCAAGAAGGAAGUAUCUCUGAACCACCUGGCUGAUAUGCGAGCCACGUUCGAUAUCAUGGCAAAGUACAACCUCCGGCUGAAUCCUAAGAAAUGCGUGUUCGCGGUUCGUACCGGGAAGUUCUUGGGAUUCAUGAUGACCAAGAGAGGAAUAGAGCCCAACCCAGAGAAAAUCCGGGCUAUCACUGAAAUGCAAGCCCCUACCUCCGUUAGGGAUGUUCAAAAGUUGACCAGUCGUUUAGCGGCCCUUAGCUGGUUCCUUUCCCGGUCAGCUGAGAGAUCCCUGCCCUUCUUCAAAGUUCUGAAGAAGGCCAACGCAUUUGCAUGGGACGAGGAAUGCCGGAGGGCAUUCGAGGAGCUGAAGGAGUACCUAGCGUCGGAUAUUGUAUUGUCUAAACCCGAACCGGGUGAAACUCUGUAUCUGUACCUGGGAAUUUCCCCAAAUGCUGUAACCUCCGUUUUAAUUAGAGAUGAUGGGGCACAAAAGCCCAUUUAUUAUGUGAGCAAAGCACUAAACGGGGCGGAGAGUAGAUAUACGGCGAUGGAAAAGACAGCCUAUGCGCUUUUCAUCUCCGCCAAAAAGUUAACAUCCUACUUCCAAGCUCACCCGGUAGAAGUCUUGACUGACCAACCGCUGGGUGCAGUUUUGCGAAAUUCAACAUCCUCUGGGAGGAUGGUGAAAUGGGCGAUGAUGUUAACUCAAUUCCACAUUGAGUACCGGCCGAGGUCGGCAAUUAAGGGACAUGCCCUUGCUGACUUCUCAGUAGAAAUGACCGGCCUAACUCCAGACUUACCGGUCAACAAGCCCACUGAGCUAUGGUGGGAGAUGGCAGUUGAUGGGGCAUCCGGUCCUAGAGAAUACGGGGGCGGUAUCGUGUUCACCACCCCAGAAGGGUUCAAGAUCUACCAUGCAAUCGUCUUCAACUUCAAGCUGACGAACAAUGAGGCAGAAUAUGAAGCUCUGGCUGGAGGGCUCAGACUUGCCCAAGCCCUGAAAAUCAGCUGGGUCAGUAUCAAAUCUGACUCUAGCUUGAUAGUAGGGCAGGUGACCGGUAACAUGGAAGCAAGGGAAGGACGCAUGGCACAAUACAAGGACCUUGUACUUGCCCUGUUGAAGGGCUUCGAAGAAUUCAAGAUCGCCCAGAUUCCCCGGGCGGAGAACGCGGAUGCAGACCUUCUCUCCAAAUUCACGCAGUAUGCUCCCGAGCAUGUUUCGAAACUUGGACGGGUAGAGAUCCUUGACCGUGCAAGCAUCGAGAAAUUGGAAGUCGCCGCUAUAACGGCCGGAAGCCAGUUUGACCGGUCAAACUUGGUCGGGGCAGACGACCAUUGGAUGUAUGAUCUGAUGGAAUAUUUGACGGAUGGGAGCUUGCCAGAACAAGAUGACCGGGCAAGGAAAGUGAAGCUCAGGGCACCUCGAUUCCAGAUGCUCGAUGGAAAGCUGUACAAAAGGGCAUUUGGGGGGCCACUCCUGAGAUGUCUGACCAACCGGGAGGCUGAACGAGUCAUAGCGGAAGUCCACGAAGGCGUAUGCGCGGCGCAUCAAAUGUCCCGUACGCUUUCCCAGCGCAUUAUCUUGUUGGGGUAUUACUGGCCAACAAUUGUCCAGGAUUGUGAGAGGUAUGUUCAGAAAUGUAGAACAUGUCAAGUGUUCUACAAGUACCCUGGUAGACCAACGACCUACUAUCACCCCGUAUCGAAUGUCAUCCCAUUCGCUAGGUUCGGGGUUGAUAUCGUUGGAGCAUUCUCAGUCGCCCAAGGAGGGAAGAAGUUCGUGAUCAAAGCCAUCGAUUACUUCACCAAAUGGAUCGAGGCCGAAGCAUUGGCCAACAUUACCACGCAACAAUGCAAGAAAUUCAUUUGGAAGAACAUCAUCACGAGGUUUGGAGCGCCCAUAAACCUCAUCACCGACAACGGCCCACAAUUUCGAAAUCCAAGCUUCACUGAAUACUUGGAGGGCUUCGGGAUCAAGCACAAUCGCUCCUCGGUGGCAUACCCCCAAGGGAAUGGCCAAGUCGAAAACGCCAACCGAACAAUUGUGGAUGGUCUAAAGAAACAGCUGGAAGAGCUCCCACACAUCGUAUGGGCAUUCCGAGUAACACCCAGGAGGGCUCACGGGGAAACUCCAUUCUACCUAACCUAUGGGUGUGAAGCAAGGCUGCCCAUCGAAGCUGAAUUCCCAACGUUCCGGGAAUCAAGUUAUCAACCCCAACAAAAUGAAGAAGACCACUUGGCCGAACUCAACUUGGUCGAAGAGCGGAGAAUGGCCGCGGAAGUCAAAAUGAGCACAUACCAACAAGUUGUAAAGAAGUACCAUGACAACAAAGUUGGGCCGCGGUACUUCCAAGUUGGGGAUGAAGUCCUACGGAGAAGAGAAGCAAGUAGACCCGGCGACGGAGGAAAGCUAGCAAAAAACUGGGAAGGCCCAUAUAGGACUUCGAUAAAUUCAUCUCUUGGAGGUUACCCGGUGAAGUUUCUGGGGUUGGAAAGUGUCGGCAGAGGAGUAUCUGCGAGGGCUUGGCGUGUAGCGACCCGUGUCAGUAGAGGACAACUAGAGAUGCUAAAGAAUCCAUCCAAGGCGCUACUCGACAAAGGAAAUGAUCCCCCUCACAUGGCGACAAGGCAGCUCGAGGACGAAACCAGUCACCUCGCACCACAUCAGCAGCAUGCCCCCACGUGGGCGCACGUGGGCCUCUCCCCCCAAACCUAGUAUAAAUACGACUGUAACUCUCAGAAGUAGGGAUCCCGAAUUCAUUUUCUCUAAACUCCCUUGUAAAAGCACCUGUGUAUUCUCCGUUAUAAUACAAAUUGGGCUACAGGUGUUCAACCUAAAGUCCUACCGGUCAAUCUGCGUGUUUUUACCUUUCUUACUUUGCCGAAUCAAGCGAACUAUUCUAG